UCACACACACACCUAAGGCCAAGAGAGAAAAUUGUGGAAUUUGUGUAGUUUUGUGUGGUUCAAGACUUGAAGUGUGUGCUAAGAAGUAUUUUGAAAAGAAGUUUAAAGGAACUACACGAAGAAGAAGGUUUCAUAUCAAGUUUACAGGCGAUGAUUGGGCUUCAUGCUUGCAGAAAGCUUCCAUAUAUAUGGAACCGGAGCUCGAGAUACCCUUAUGUUGCAUGAUUCAUGUCUGUUCCUAAGAGAGAUACCUUUCACUACCUCGUGCCUGGCCUAUACGGCUAUAUAUACAUCUAAAUCGACGGUAUCUCCCAUUUUCACAAAAGAACCAGAAAUCUCUCAUAACUGGACGUGCCUUGGAACCAAAUGGGGUUGACCAAGAUUUUGCUAGCCCUAUACUUGACAGGUUUAACCUUAACCCAUGUCAUUGUCUCCGUAGCCGGAGACGAACGGCAAGACUUCUUGGAUGGACACAAUAAAGCUCGUGCUGAGGUCGGCCAUGGCGUUAAGCCACUUGUCUGGAACCACACCCUUGCAGCCUACGCUCAAGCUUAUGCUAAUAAGAGGAUCCCAGACUGCAAGCUGGAGAAAUCAGAUCCGAAUGGGCCCUAUGGAGAAUGCCUUGCUGAAGGUCAUGGUGAGUUCAAGGCUACGGAUGUAGUGAAUGGGUGGGUGAGUGAGAAGAAAUACUAUGAGCAUCAAGACAACAAAUGUGUUGGUGGUGAGUGCGGGUACUACACCCAGGUGAUUUGGCGCGAUACAAAGUAUCUUGGGUGUGGCAAGUCCAAGUGCCACAAUGGCCGGGUAUUUGUCACUUGCAACUAUUAUCCUUCAGGAAAUUAUUAUGGCGAGCGUCCAUAUUAAAUUCUUGUACUGAUGAUUACCUGCGAGUAUACAUGUUGUUGCUCCUGUUUGUGUGGCAGUAAUCGAAUGUGUAUGGAUAUGAUGAAAAUGAAAUCAUUACUACUACUAUUAUUAAUGGAGAAGAUAUUAUAAGUUUCUCUA